AUGUCGCGCCAUGGAGAUAUUAGCAGCAGCCCUGACACAGUCGGGGUGUGUGUCUUCCAGUACAAGAUGCCAAGGCUCCACACGAAAGAUGAUGUGAUGAAGAACAUCGACAAGAUCUGCGAUCUUGUUCGAGGGACCAAAGUUGGGCUGCCAGGAAUGGACCUCAUCAUUUUCCCAGAGUACAGCACACAGGGCAUCAUGUACGACAAGAAGGAGAUGAUGGAGACUGCUGUGACUAUCCCCGGGCCAGAGACGGAGAAGUUCUGUCAGGUGUGCAAGGAAGUCGGAGUUUGGGGAGUCUUCAGCUUGACGGGCGAGAGGCACGAGAGUCACCCGCAGAAGCACCCUUACAACACCCUCGUCUUGAUUAACGACAAGGGUGAGAUAGUCCAGAAGUACCGCAAGAUCCUACCAUGGUGCCCCAUCGAGGGAUGGUACCCCGGCGACAACACGUACGUGACCGAGGGUCCCAAGGGGAUUAAGAUGUCUCUGAUCAUCUGUGACGACGGCAACUACCCGGAGAUCUGGAGGGACUGCGCUAUGAAGGGGGCCGAGCUCAUCGUCCGCUGCCAGGGGUACAUGUAUCCAGCCAAGGACCAGCAGGUCAUGGUGGCCAAGUGCAUGGCCUGGAUGAACAACGUGUACGUGGCCGUGGCGAAUGCGUCCGGUCAUGACGGAGUCUACUGCUACUUCGGCCACUCCUGCAUCAUCGGCAACGAUGGGAGGACCAUGGGGGAGUGCGGCGAGGAGCAUGACGGGGUGCAGUAUGCCCAGCUGUCUAUCAGCGGGAUACGCGAUUCCCGCAAGACCGAUCAGUCGCAGAACCACCUCUUCAAGCUCCUCCACCGCGGAUACACUGGGAUGUACGCGUCCGGCGAUGGGGACAAGGGAGUGGCCGAGUGUCCCUUCAGCUUCUACAAGACUUGGGUCAACAACCCCCUCCUGGCCCGUGAGCAGGUAGAGAAGCUCACUAGAAGCACCAUCGGCGUCGCCUGCUGCCCCGUCGCUGGUGUGCCUGAGCCCUCCUCUGCCAACGAGAUGGUGAUGGACGGCCACCAUGACCUCACCUGA